GCACCACUCAUUCUAUACACAGCACAGCACAGCCCAACCCAACCCCUUUCUCUAAGCAACGUUAAGGCUACGACAUGGCAACGAUGGCUCUCUCCUCCCCAGCAUUCGCCGGCAAGGCGGUGCCUGCCAGCACCCAAUCUGAAUUCGGAAUCGGUGUUCGUGGCGACGGAAGAGUGAGCAUGAGGAAGAGUACUAGCAGGGCCCCGGUGUCUGGAAGCCCAUGGUACGGCCGCGACAGAGUCAAGUACCUCGGCCCGUUCUCCGGGGAGCCCCCGUCAUACCUUACUGGGGAGUUCCCCGGUGACUACGGGUGGGAUACUGCGGGCCUCUCGGCCGACCCCGAGACCUUCGCCAAGAACAGAGAGCUCGAGGUCAUCCACUGCAGGUGGGCCAUGCUCGGUGCUUUGGGAUGCGUUUUCCCAGAGCUACUCUCUCGCAAUGGCGUCAAGUUUGGUGAGGCUGUGUGGUUCAAGGCCGGUGCUCAAAUCUUCAGUGAGGGUGGACUCGACUACUUGGGGAACCCGAGCCUGGUGCACGCUCAGAGCAUCUUGGCUAUCUGGGCCUGUCAAGUGGUCCUCAUGGGCGCGGUCGAGGGCUACCGUGUGGCCGGUGGUCCCCUGGGUGAGGUGACUGACCCACUCUACCCCGGUGGCAGCUUCGAUCCCUUGGGCCUGGCUGAGGACCCUGAGGCCUUUGCCGAGCUGAAGGUCAAGGAGAUCAAGAACGGCCGGCUUGCCAUGUUCUCGAUGUUCGGGUUCUUUGUUCAGGCCAUUGUCACUGGAAAGGGUCCAUUGGAGAACCUGGCUGACCACCUUGCAGACCCAGUGAACAACAACGCUUGGGCCUAUGCCACCAACUUUGUGCCCGGAAAGUGAUUCUUCUUUUCUUUUCUCUUUUUUUUUCUUCGGUGAAAAGGGUUUGUAAGGGUGAUGGCGUUGUGGGUCGUGUCGUGAUGGUCUUGCAUCAUUCCACGUAAUUACGUAAAUUUGGAGGAUUCUUGGGAGCUUCUGAUGUUUAAUCUGGAUUUUGAUUAAUCAAAUAUUUUCCUUUUUUUCCCA